AAAGCUCUCGCCACACCCGCGGCAGCAACGCAGCAGCUCCAGGCACAAGCACCUACUCCACGGCAGUACUUAAGCUGCAACUUGACAUCUACGGAACAACUCAUACAUCGUCUUCCACUACUGCUCGUCUCAUCCGUUAUAUCCCACUACAAAACCAAACCAAAAUCUCCAUCACCCACAACUACCAUCAUGCCGAUUCCAACACCCGACUUCCCCCCUCAAGAAAAACAAGCCCAGCCUAUCAGCGCUGGCGCUACAUGCUCAAUCGGCCAGGCAGAUAGCACUUCCUUUGCUGCGCUAAACGACAGUGCCCCACGUCUUGACUCUGGCGUUCGCGACGCCUCGGCGUCGCAGAACGAUCGAGGCGAUCGCCCGUUGAGCAAGGAGGAGGCGGACCGUUUGUAUGAGGAGCGUAUGGAGGACGAGUAUGCGAAGAGAGAAGGUGGUGCCUAAUUGGGUGAUGCCUUGAUUACUUCCGAAUUACGGAGGAUGAUGGCCUUCUAUGAUGCUGCUGCGUUUCUGUUUGUUUUUCUCUCCAUUGGCACGAGAUGUUUGAAGCGGGACCGUGUGUGAUAAAUGUUUAUUUGCAAGCUCGAAGAUUGGAGCAAGAAUCAUGAUGAUAUUGAAAGAGGUUAAUUCACCCGUAGUGUACAUCCAAAGAAUGUGACUCUCCUAUUAUCACCUGUCAAGGGCUGG